AUGCUCCACCCUUUCGGCGUUGUUUCGAACCUGAAGUUUGCAAGUGCCUUCAGGAUCUUUCAUGUGUUUCGUGCCGUCAAGCAGGUGCAGCUCAAUGCCUCGUUUCGGGAGCUCUGGCUGGUCAUCUCCGCGCUUGGGGAAACCAUGUGGACGCUUUUUUGGGUCGGCGUCAUGAUCAUUGGCGUGAUCUGGGUCAGCGGCAUCUUGGUCACGAUGGCGGUGAUGGACCAGAAGCCAGAGGAUUUCAACCUCGACAGGGCCGAGUGGAACUUCGAGGAGUACUGGGGAAGCGUCCUCCGCAGUUCGUAUUCACUUUUUCAGGUCGUCACCCGCGACAAAUGGUCGGACUCCCUGGUGUGGCCCCUUGUGGAGGAGAAUCCGCUUCUGAUGGUCGUUUUCAUUUGCUUCCUGAGUGUUGCCAGCCUUUCGCUGAUGAACUCCGUGAUUGGUGUGGUCGUUGAAAGCACCUUAUCAAGCGCGCGAGCCACGGCGGAUCGAGAGAAGAAGGUAAAAGAGCGAGUCGAUAAGCAGGUUCUGCAAUCGAUGCGCGAAAUCUUUGAGCAGGCGGACACCGACAAAUCCGGACAACUGGACAAGGACGAGCUGCAAGCCUCCUUCCGCAACCACAGGGUGAAAGAUCGGUUGAAGUUGCUCCAGAUACCCUUCAAGGACCUCGAAAUGCUUUUUGGCAUUCUUGAUGAUGAGAGCUGCGGUGAGAUCAACACGGACAAGUUCUUCCGCGGGGUGGAGCGCCUACGGGGGCAGGCCGCAGCUAGCGACCUGCACCAGAUGCAUGUGGACCUGAACAAGCGGUUGAAGUGGUGCGACUCGCACCAGAAGGAGGUUGUCGACCUCAAUGAUCAUCUAGCAGAGCUGCUGGAUGCCGUCGACGACAUGGAUGGCAACAUUGUCCGCAGCGACGUGGACCAGAAGGAUCCUGUUCUCAUGGCCAAACGGGUGCGGCAAAAGUUCGUCAAGUCAGAGCAACUUCGUGGCAAAAUCUUCAAGAAGGGCCAGAAGCCACCGCAGGCAUUCGACCCCUGGGAGGACAUGCGGCGGAAAGAAGUGCCACUUUCGCUGAAGAAGGGGCUGCGACUGGCUUUGUGA